CUCAUGACAUCAGGACGUCGUACGCUCCACAUUACGUUCGCUAGACAAGAUGGCGGCGCCCUGAGAAGUCGACAGUUUUUGCCUGAUUUUGAUGUAUAUUUUGUAAAGCCCUCAGAAAAUAUACCAAGAUGCCUACAGUGUUGAACCUCAGCAACGAGGUGGUCAAGAUGAGGGCGGAGGUGAAAAGGGUGAAGGUGCUCCUCAUCCGGAAACUCAUCCGUCAGAUUCCGGUCUUGGAGAAGAAGAAAGGAAAUGAGGUGGACUUGGAAAAGUACCGCAGGCGAGCAGCGAGACUUCGGGAGGAGAUCCACGAGCUGAAGGUUGUUGUGCCAGACAGUAUCACCAAGGCUGCUCUACAGAAGGACAUCAGCUUCGAGAAGGUGUGCCAGAAUAAGGAGGGCUCCCUGUCCGAACGAGCAAUUGCCCGCAUUGCUACACACCCACAGUUCAGCAAGAAAAUCCAGAACAUAAAAGAAGCAAUCAAAGCAUUCAAAGAGGAGAGAAUAAAUGCAAGAAAUACUGAGAAACAAGCAAAAACUAAUGCUGAAGAUGUCACACUGCUAGAUCAGGUACAAGAAGGCAGUGAUGAAAAUGUUGUGGGUUUAGAAAAAUCAGAUGAUGGAGAAGAGAAACUGACUGAGGAAGAGAGUGAGAAAAAUACAGAUAAACAGCAAGAUGAUUCCUCACAAGUGAGCCAGAAGACAAGUCUGGAGAUGUUAAAUGAACAAACUAAUCAGUGCCAGAAGGAAGAGAUUUCAACAACCAAUAACUCAGCAGAAACAGAAAAUAUCCCAGAUGAGAUGGUCAAGAUGAGGAAGGAGGUGAAGGGAACGAGGGUGCUGAUCAUCAGAGAGCUGACGCAGCAGAUGGCUGCUCUGAAGAAGAGAAAGGGUCAGGAAUCUGAGGUGAAGGAGAGCCAAGAGAUGGUGAUGGGAAUACUGAAAGAAAUCCAGGCUUUAAGGAGCCUUAAACCAGAUCAGGUGACAAUGAUAGCACUUCAGGAGAACACUGAGCUUGAGAAUGUUUUGAAGGGCCCUCAGGCAAACCCAUUGGACAGAGCCAUUGCGCAUAUCAUCACACAUUCCCACUUCGUCAACAAACUCCGAAAGAUCACAGGAGCAAUCGAAGAAGAAAGAGCAAAGGCUGCUGCAGCUGAACAGAAAAUGAAAGACAGAAAGGUCUUGGUUGAGUCAAAUAAGAAAGGUGAAGAAGAGAAGGAUGAUGAUGAUGAUGAUGAUGAUGAAGAGGAGGAGGAAGACAAUGGCAAUGAAGAUGAUGAGGAGGAUGAAGUUGGGGAGGAGAUACUGAACAGUCUUUCCAUUGAAAUCCACAAAUCUGGCCUUGAAGAGCCAACAGAGGGUACGAACUCUCAGACUGUAAAGUUGACAUCAUCCAAGGUCAACCCUACCCCUUUGGAAAAACCCAGAGAUGGAAUAAAGGCUGCUGAAGCUGAACAGAAAAAGAAAGACAGACCAGUCUUGGUUCAGCCAAAGAGUAUAGAGGAGGAGGAUGAUGAUGAGGAGGAGGAAGAAUACGACGAUAAGGAAGAUGAAGUGGGGGAGGAAAAAUUGAAUAGUCUUUCCAUUGAAGAGGGUACACACUCUCAGACUGUAAAAUUGACAUCCAAGGUCAACACAACAUCUUCUGAAAAAGCCGGAGAGCCCAACAUAAAAUCAAAGAGUGUUGAUCUCACUUCUUCAGUUGUUCAAUAUUCCCCUGAAAAGUCUUCAAAAGUAACCAGUACAGAGUCUAAGCUUCCAAAGAACCUUGUAAAAUCAGACAAAGAAAAGGGUACCACCAUAAAUUCACAGAAGAAACAGGACCUUCCUGAGGCCGAGAGGCCUGAGACAGAAGACGACAUUGAGGAAAGUGAUUUAUCGGAUGACGAUGACGAGAAGGAAUACUUCGACGACAGCACAGAGGAGCGUUUCCGUAAACAAUCAUCUCCGUCUGAAGAGAGCGAUGAUGAUGACUUCUUCCUUGGCAAAGUAAGCAAAUUCAAGAAAAGGAAAAGUUACCAAGGAAGAGUCCACAAGAAAAAGGGUGAGCCUCAAAAACCUGACGAGUUACAGAAUCCAAAGGGGGCCACCAACAAACCUCACAGGCCAAACUUUGGCAACUUUAAAUCAGUGUUCUGUUCGACCUUGUCCAAAUCCAGAAUCUCCUCUCGGAACGUAAAGCAUGGCUCUUGGCAUGAUGGUCCAAGACCUCCUCAUUUCCAGAACCAAAGGAAAGGUCCUGAGGGCAAAAUGAAAGCAUCUCUAUACCAAGGUCCAGACUCAGGUCAUUUUAAACCCAAUACCAAGACAUUUAAAGUUGCAGGAGAAAGGCAAGGUGGACCUUCAGGGGCAGGGAGGGGAAAUUCACAGUUUGAGCAGUAUCAGAAGCAAAAUACCAGGGGUCCAUCAGGCAAUAUUUCAAAUCCACCUCAGCAUGCCCUUCAUCCCUCAUGGGAGGCCAGUAGGAAAAGAAAAGAACAGCAGUCACAAAUCACAGCAUUCCAGGGGAAAAAGAUCAAAUUUGAUGACGAUGAUUAAGCUGGACCUGCUCAAAUUCAUGACACCUUUAAACAUGUCUGCCUGUUAUAAAAAAGGAUUUCUUCAAGCUAGUUGCUGUUAAUUUGUAUUAAAACAUGGAAUUAAAAUGGAAUUCAUCUUUGGUUUUAUAAAAUGAAGGACUGUUUAAAGCCUAUGUUCAUUUCCUGUUACAUCUCAUACAGUUGAAUUCAGAAGUUUACAUACACCUUAGCCAAAUAUAUUAAACUCAGUUUUUCAUAAUUCCUGACAUUACAUUUUAGAAAAAAAAUCCCUGUCUUAAGUCAGUUAGGAUCACUACUUUUAUUUUAAGAAUGUGAAAUGUCUGGAUAAUAGUAGCAGAAUUACAGCUUUUAUUUCUUGAGCAGCCUAUCAGGUUAUGUAGGACUCAUUUUACAGUGGAUAUAGAUACUUGUCUUCCUGUUUCCUUCAGCAUCUUCAAAAGGUCCUUUGCUGUUGUUCUGGGAUUGAUUUACACUUUUUGCACCAAACUAUUUUCAUCUCUAGGAGACAGAAUGUGUCUCCUUCCUGAGAGGUAUGAUGGCUGCAUGGUCCCAUGGUUUAUACUUGCAUACUGUUGUUUGUACAGAUGAACGUGGUACCUUCAGGCAUUUGGAAAUUGCUUCCAAGGAUGAAGCAGACUUGUGGAGGUCCACAAUUUUUUGGCUGAUUUCUUUUUAUUUUCCCAUGAUGUCAAGCAAAGAGGCACUGAGUUUGAAGGUAGGCAUUAAAAUACCUCCACAGGUACACCUCCAAUUCAGUACACCACCUAUCAGAAGCGAAUUGGCUAUCAUGAUUUUCUGGAAUUUUCCAAGCUGCUUAAAGGCACAGUUAAAUUAGUGUAUGUAAACUUCUGACCCACUGGAAUUGUGAUAUAGUCAGAAGUUUAGUCAUAUAGUCAUGCUGCUGAUGUCAGAGCUGCUUACUGACGAAACUUGAAAAUCGAUCUCAGUGCCGGCCAGCCUUUCCAAAGACUUCAGAUUUCUAAAGGGUGAUAAUGGUCUUAUUAUAUGUCUCUGCAGAAUAAUGAAUGGUGUUUCCCAAUCUGUGGCUGUUUCCAAACCAGAAUGGGCAUUUCUUACUAUCCAAUGAAAGUAGGGAAUAUCGAUGUCGUAGACAAAGCAUGUAAAGCUUUUUGAAAAUGCCCACUGAUUGGGAAAAGCCCAUUUUUGUUCUGCAGAGAAAUAAGUCUCUUAAUGGUCAGUCAGAACUCACUUUUUAAGUGUGUCUUAUUGGAAAUUCUGUCAGAAACAACCCUAAAGCAUGGAUUGUUCUCCCUUCAAAGUGCUCUGUGCGAAGUAAAAGAUGAUAUGCCAAUUAGAAUACAGCCAGAUGGCUGAACAGUUGUAGAGAGUUUUCAUUCUAGUAGGUUUUGAUUGGACAAGAUUUUACAACCUCUGAGUCCUGGAUAUUGCUGAGUCUUUUUAUCUGGAUGAGCGAGACUGCAGAUAGCAUUUUAAAUGCUUGUAUCUUCUGAAAACAAAUUUAAAGUACAACAUUUAAAAGUACACUAACAUAUAACUUUAAAGCUAAAAGAUUUGGUCUAAAUGCAGCAAAAUGUUAAACUUCCAUUCAUGAAUUUUUGUCUUUGUGUCAUCUUGGACUUACACUGACACCUAGCGGCUUGGAGGCAGCAACAUUUAAAGGGUAACUAAACGCCUGCUCAGAGUCUGACUCCACCCACUAGAAAUAUUUGAAAAUGCAGGAAAAGUGGGCAGACCCCGGCGGGGAUAGAGGGAACGAACCGAGUGCGGGGCUGAGCGGGGGGCACCUGAGACUCGUAGUGACGGAUUAAUUGACAGCUGCUGUCAGACUCUAUGUUAUUAUUAUUCCUCACACGGUCGCAAGACGACAUGUACAUGAAUCUGGCGUGGUGAGCUGGAACCUGCUUACGUCAGCUGUCACCGCUUACGUCACGAAGUACCGCAACAGCCAAUAGGAAAAUUCAACUGCAGUAGCCACCGUUCAACCUGAAGAGGGCAGCACUCAGACGUUUUUACACCAUAUAUUGUAGAAUUAAAACACUUUAUACACAAAUGUCAAAAAAAUUACUUGAAUCAAUGACCAGUACUAAUAAAGCCCCAUGCUUACAGAUCAUUAACUAAAAAAAGUUGGUUUAGGGUUUAGUUACCCUUUAAAAUCAUUAGUUUUCAAUUUCAGAUGCCAUUGUAGAAAUGUUUUAUUCAAAGUAAGCCAUGAUUACUCAAUGAGUGAACCUGCAAAUAACAGGAUGGUUACUGAGAUUAAGCAAGUAGUAUUCAGCUGGUCAUGUGAUUCUAACAUGGCAGCCCCCAUGUGAGAACCCUGUCCAUGUAGAAUAAAACAGCA